CGGGCUCCGGGGGCGCCCAUUGGCUGCCGGGGGAGGGGGCGCUCGGUGACGUGGCCGCGGUGCCGGUGGCGAUGCGCGGCGGGGGCACAUGGCCCGGCUCUCCGUGCCCUGCCCGCCGUGCCGCUCCCCGUGCCCGUGGUCCCGGCAGCGCCCGGUGGCGCUGGGGCUGGCCGUGGCCGCGGGGCUGCUGCUGCUGCUGCUGCUGGCCGCCGCCGCCCCCCGCCGCUGGGCUGCGCCGCCACGGCGGGGCGAGAGGUACCUGUCGCGGCUGGAGGAGCUGGCGGCCACCGACACGGAGGACGCGGCGCUGAGCUACGGCGUGGUGGUGGACUGCGGCAGCAGCGGCUCCCGGGUCUUCGUCUACUUCUGGCCCCCGCACAACGGCAACCCGCACGACCUGCUGGACAUCAGGCAGAUGCGGGACCGCGGCAGCCGGCCCGUCGUCAAGAAGAUUAAACCCGGGAUCUCGGUGGCGGCAGCGGCCCCGGAGCGAGCGACGCCCUACCUGCGGCCCCUGCUGCGCUUCGCCGCCGCCCACGUGCCGGCCCCGAAGCACAAGGAGACGCCGCUGUACGUCCUGUGCACCGCCGGCAUGCGGCUGCUGCCCCAGAGGCAGCAAGCCGCGAUCUUGGAUGACCUGGUGAGAAACAUACCCCUGGAGUUCGACUUCCUCUUCUCCAAAUCGCACGCAGAAGUGAUCUCGGGGAAACAGGAAGGUGUCUACGCUUGGAUUGGCAUCAACUUCGUCCUGGGCCGCUUCGAUCACGAGGACGAGGAGGCGGCGGUGGUCACCGUAGCGCUGGGGGACCAGGCGGAGUCCUUGGUGCGGAAGCGCACGGUUGGGAUCCUCGACAUGGGGGGCGCCUCCCUGCAGAUCGCCUACGAGGUGCCCGGCUCCGGAGCCUUUUCCUCCCCGCAGCAGGAGGAGGCUGCCAAGAGCCUGCUGGCGGAGUUCAACCUGGGCUGCGACGUGCAGCACACCGGCCACGUGUACCGCGUCUACGUCAACACCUUCCUGGGCUUCGGGGGCAACUUCGCUCGGCAGCGCUACGAGGAGCUCGUGCUGAACCAGACCCACGCGCGCAACCGGCUGCGCGGCCAGCAGACGGGGCUGAGCGCCGAGACCCCCUUCCUGGACCCCUGCCUGCCCGUGGGGCUGGAGGACACGGUGACGAGGGGCGACCGCACGCUGUACAUACGCGGGCGAGGGGACUGGCAGGCCUGUGCCAAGCUGCUGCAGCCCCUCCUCGGGGGGCCCAACAGCAGCCAGGACUCCCUGACGGGGGCCUACAAAGCGCCCAUUGACUUCAGCAACAGCGAGUUUUAUGGCUUCUCCGAGUUCUUCUACUGCACCGAGGACGUGCUGCGCAUGGGGGGCCGCUACAACGCCCCCACCUUCACUGCUGCUGCCCAGGAGUACUGCAGCCAGAGGUGGGAGGUGCUGACCCAGCGCUUCCGCGGUGGCCUCUACUCGUCGCACGCGGACGAGCACCGAGUCAAGUAUCAGUGCUUCAAGUCAGCCUGGAUGUACCAAGUCCUCCACCAGGGCUUCCGCUUCCCCCCGGACUACCCCAGCCUGCGCACGGCCCAGCUGGUGUACGACCGGGAGGUGCAGUGGACGCUGGGCGCCAUCCUCUACAAGACAAGGUUUCUGCCGCUCAGGGAUCUCCGGCAGGAGAGCAUCCGGCAAGCGCACGCCUCGUGGCUGCGCCUCUCCUUCGUCUACAACCACUAUCUCUUCUUCGCCUGCAUCCUGGUCGUAGCGCUGGCCAUAGUCCUCUACCUCCUGCGGCUGCGCCGCAUCCACCGGCGGCAGCAGUGCGCCGCGCAGCUCGACGUGCUGUGGCUGGACAAGGUGGUGCUGCUGCCGCCGGGCCAGGCGGACGGGCCGUGACACCGGGGGCGCGCCCGCUGUCCAGCUGCACCAGCAAAACCAGGACCGAGCGGCAGCCUGGGCUCCCAGGGCUCGGACGCUUCCUCGAGGACCAUCGCAGCUCCGCCCUCCUUCAUCUCCACCUCAGAACCAGGGGCUGGGGGC